AUGUCACAGCACGUCUCGGCAGACGAAGAAGCAGCGAUUCUGGAGCGCGUCGGGCGACUGGGCAUCUCGCUUGGCGCCAACGAGGCCGUUUCAAACCAGCAGCUCGAUACGACAUUCACCGGUCGGCUGCCUGGCGCGGGUCGACCUGGCGCAAACAACACGACAUUCGACCACGGAUCGACAUUGUCGUUUUCCCAUAACGCACUUCGGGCUGCGGCGGGUGGAAGUGCAGGCGCGAAUCAGGCGACGAGCGAGAAGCGGUUUGCCAGUUUGAAACACGCUGAAGCGCAGGCAAUGCUGGUUGGAUUGCUCGCCAUCUACGACGAGGCAUGGAACUGGAACGCUGCAGAACUGUCAGACGCUGCCAACUACAAGCGCAUUUCCAAGCACCUGACCAUGCUCGAGCUCGGCCACUUGGCACGGUCGGCCUCAGACCUCGAUCCGGCGGUAAACGCCAAGCGUGUUGCACGCGUUGUUGCGGGGCUCCUUGACAAGAUUGAAGCUCGACAUGGCCCCAGUAUUUACCGCGUACGCCAGCAGCAGCUCCGUCGUGCUGCAGCGAUGAGCGUCGGGCGACCGCGUUCCAAAUCGGCCUCGGCGUCUGAUGCCAGUAUGCUCAAUGCAAGCGUCCUGCCAAACGACACGACGUUGAAUACAACCAACCACUUUACUUCGACGAAAGGAGCCUUGCCUGCAGCGGUUGCACCCACUGUUGCACCCGUCGUUGCUGCUCCGCGAGCUGCUGCUGCUCCAAUCCAAGCCGCCCGCCCCGCCGUGUCUGCAUCAAGCCAUGCACCGAGCCAUGGGCCAACAGCUGCCUCCAAGCCAGUGGUACCAACCUUUGGGCGAGACAUUUCCAACAUUUCGUCAAAUGUUGCUGGUGGCAAGAGUGCUGCACUGAGCAAGUAUGCUACACAGGAAAAUCCAGGGACACUGCACAAGUCCAAGAGCUAUGGCAAUUUGGACGAGAGCAUCUUUUCGGAUCCAAACUUCAAUCCGUUUCAAACCACUCGCACUCUCGCCCGCACUCCCCCCUGCAUUUCUGGUCCCAUUCCUCCCACCAUCAUCACGGUGGCAACGGCCUUCAGCCCAAUUUUGGCGCGCGAAGCAUUCAAUCCGUUUGCGCCGCGGCAUCAGCUUCAACGCACUCCCCAGAAGACGCAACCUCCGACUACAGAGAACAGUGUCAUUGAGCCUGCCACUGUCGCGGUCGAGACGGCUGCAGUCACUGGAGGCGUCCCUUCUCCCCGCCGCGCCUAUGCUGCUGUGGCGGCGACCGCGCCUGUCGCGAAUGUCGGAGAACCAUUACCAGUCCAAUCACCUGUGCGCCCGCUGCCAGCGCUGGUCAAUGCACGCGCGACUGCACAUCUCAACAAGGAGGCAGAAAGUGCUGCUCACACUGUUGUACAAGCCUCGACGACAUCAGCCAAGGCAGCCAAGUCACCAAAGUCACCCAAGUCGCCCAAGUCCAAAGUGCCGGCCAGAACUCUCCCAGUUGCCGCUCCCGUGACUGUUUCAGCGGUUGUUGCCGCACCUGUAUUGAACGCUGCAGCUGCAGCAGAGGCUCCGGUUGUGCCGGCUCCUCAGGCCGUCACCUCAUCGACUCGUGCUGCUCCAGCAGCUUUGAUUGCUGCAGCCGCCCCAGCUCCUGAGCCCACUUCGGUCACCGCCAUUGUAGCCAACAGUGCCUCCACUUCUGCUCCGAGCUAUGCCAGUAUGGUAAAGUCCCCAGCUAAAAGCCCACGCCGAGCUGCUGACCGUCGGAUUAUCGCCCUUCGCCACGACGAUUUUGUUCCCUCGCCCAAGUCCCAGUACAAGACUGGACCAAGUGACGGGCGGGCCUCUCCUCUCCGAAACGUUUUGGCGACGGCUGUACCCAUGCAGGAUGUUUCGCCGCCACGUUCUCGCACGUCGCCCGCCAAGGCCAAACUUCAAGCCGCUAUUGCCACUGCCCUUCCAGCGGAAUCAUCCACAAGGCGUUCCUCGCCCAGGCGUGCAGCCAGUAUGGUGUCAAAGCCGCCGCAGAGUCAAGAUGCUUUGGAAUUGUCGCAGCGACAGUCGCUCAAUUGUGCUGCAGCCCUGUUUAAGGAAGAAUCAGCGGCGUCCUCGUACAUGAAUGCCGCCGCUGCUCAUCGGGUCGCUACAGCUCCCGUCCCACCGGCGCUGACAGUAGUGAGUAACACGACUUCUUCCGCCAUGAUGGCACCUUCCACGGCAACCGCUAUUGGCAAGACGCCAGCGCCAGUUCCUCGAGCUGCAUCGCCACGGCGUCGCGAGUCACCGCGAAAGCAGAUCCCAGCAAGUCCACAAAGGCCGCAGAACGAGGCUUCUCCAACAGCCAAUUGGCUGGCGGAUACGCUUCGUCAAACAAUGCUGGAAUUGGAGGCAGCGACAACCCUCGAAAGCGCGUCCCCUGCCAUGUCGCCGGCGCUUUCGGCUCCAAACUCGCCCAGCAGUCGGGAGAUUUUUGCCAAGCUCCGGCAGGUCAACACCCAACUUUGGGAUGAGUUGGUCGCAACCUCACCCGCGCCUCGCGUUGCCUCACCGAAAAAGGCACCGACGCCCCGAGCCACUACUCCUGCAUCUGCAUCUGCAUCUGCACCUACUCCUCUUGCUCAAGUUCGGACUGCCGUUGUCGUUGGUCCCGCGACUCAAUCACCGAUUCAAAUCCCAUCACCAGUCUCCCAAUCACCAAUCCAAUCGCCGGUUCAAGUGCCAUCGCCAGUCUCCCAAAUGACCCAGCAACCAGCCUCGUUAACACACCCAGCUCCCGCAGCACGAUCGCGCCCAGCCGCAACCACCAUUUCCGUGUGCUCUCGAAGCGCGCUCGAGCGACUCGUCCGCCGCACCGAGCUGUACAUUCAGCGCUAUCAAACGCUUCAGCAAACCCGCGAUGUGCUCGAUAAGCUAUCCGGUCUCUCGUUGCAAUGA